UGAAAUCAUGGAUUUGCGCAAAAACUUAUCGGAUGCGCAGACUUCAGAGGAUGCUGCGAAACGGGAUGCACAAGCCAUGCGUCGCGAAGUCGGUGACUUGCAACACCGAUGCCGGAUGUUGCAAGGCAGAAAUGCUACCACUGGAUCUGGUUCAGUUAGCCAAGAGCAAGCUCUAGUCGCUGAACAAGUACGCUCACUGCAAAGGGAAUUGCAGCAGAAGAGCCAAGCCUUGGAGAGGAGCGAAGGCAAUGUUAGAGCUGUAUUGCGCAAUAAAGAAGAUGAACUGUACCAAUCGGAAGCCCAAUUGCAAGACGCGACGCAAUUGGUGGAACAGCAAAGACACGAAUUUAGAGUGCAGUUGGAACGGGAUCGAGUUGCAGUGCAGGAUGCAGCGAGAGAGGAGUAUGGGAAGAGACUGAAGGACGCUGAGAAUAGGUUGCGAAGGGAUUUCGAAACUGCAGUGGAGCAACAUUCGACCUCACGAAUUUUGGAAUUGGAGGAGCAAAUUUUGGCAAAACAAAAUCAGGAUGAGGCACAAAAACAACAGCAGGAAGAGGAGCUGGCACGACAAGACACAUUACUGCGUGAGAGGGGUGUGGAAGUAAACCGAUUGCAGGAUUUACUGCUGCAGAGGG